AUGUGACGUCACGAUGUGUUGUCAUUCCCAUCACAGAUGUUGCAUUAAUAUCGUCACUUUCCAGCCCCUGAUCAGUCCUUACAAAAGUGAGUACGUGAGUACUUCCGAAUCCUCAUAGAAUCAAUUUACCAAUAAUCAGGUGUUCCUUAAGCAUAAACGAUGGAAGCCCUGGGGGAGGAGGUUAUCCCCCAGCCUUCAAUCAUCGAGAAGCUCUCAUACAACGACAUAGCCACCAAGUUGUUGAAUGAGAAACUCUUGUUGACGGCUCUGGAACUCCACGCUGAGCUCUGUGAGGCAGGAAGGGAAAUUCCUGUUCUUAGAGACUUCUUCGCGAAUCCCAACAACUUCGAGUGCCAGAGCAUGAAGCCAGAACCAUUUCUCCCCAUGCAUCGCUCUAGCAGUCAGGUAACCUUAGAUUCCCUGGAUAUUUCAAGGUACUCUGAGGAUGGUGGAGGUGUUGACGAACGAGUUGCUGUUCUUGAGUUUGAGUUGAGAAAAGCCAGGGAGAACAUAUCAGCUCUCAGAGCUAAUUUAACAGUUGUAACAGAGUCGGAAACGACACCUGAUAAAAAUUCAGAGAGAAAUUCACUGAGUGAACAGCCGAUAAAACCUCAUGAGCAACGAGCACUCAAUUUCCUCAUCUAUGAGUAUUUAUUAGCGAGGUCUUAUAAAUUAACUUCGAUAACGUUCAGUGAUGAGAAUGAGGAUCAGGACUUUGAGGACUGGGAGGACGUGGGGUUGAAUAUACCGAAGCCACCGGAUUUAGUGCAAGUUUACAGGGAGUUCCUGAGGGCGGGUGGAUACGAUAAACCUCCGUCUGCUGAGGCUGGGAUGCAAACUCACUUCGAGGAGGAAAAGUCAAGGGGGGAGUACGAAGUCGAAGUGACGAAGUUGAUGGAGAAGGUUGAGGGUCUCCAGGGGCAGGUUGAGUCCCUUCAGGGGAUCAAUAAGGAGCUUGAGGAGAGACUAGCUUCGGGGAAAUCUCAAGGACAUCAAAAUGCUGCUCAAAUUGUUCAAACCUUGAGUUCUAGUUCGACUACUCCUGACAAGUUCGAGAUGCUGGAGAGUCCAAGGGAAACUACGACGAAGGAGGACCCAGAGGAGGAGGACAGCAUCUCAGUAGUAGUUUCCCUUGGAGACACCGAUCCCGGUGACAAGGACUGGACCCGGAUCCAUCUUCCUCGAAUGGACGUAACCGUGGAGACCCCGACCCUCCCCAACUCUCCCUCCCGUGCCCUCCCGACGCGUUUCAAACGCGAAGUCCUGGCCCACUGCUUGAUAACAGCUUCCCCCUUCGGUUCAGACGGCACUCAAGACGCUCUCAUCGACGUCGUCGCCAUUACCCUUCCUAAGAUCACGCCCAACAUUGUCCUGAACAAGCGAGAUGAGAUAAUUCCCCUCAUUCUGAACACAAUUCGUCUGCACUCUGAUUCCUCUGAGCGCGAGAAGCUCCUACAACUGCUGUUCAAUCUCAAGAAAAAACCCCAAGAGGAUGAGCGAAGAAUUCUCUUGGGAGGUCUCGUCUCAAUAAUAAAGAUUGAGGACUCCCCGCCAGGGCCAGAGGAGAUUCUCACUAUCUGUUGGGAGCAGAGCCAGCACAAAUACUCAGAGCGACGAUUAUUGUCAUCAGAAUGCUGCUCAGCCCUGGCCCCCUACACCCCCAGUGGUAUCAGGAAUUCAUUAAUGAUCUCAAUGCUCCAGCAGAUGCUUCUGGAAGAUAAAGAGCCAUCAGUCAGGGCUUCAGUCAUCCAGAGCCUCUCUCUCCUGGUGGCACUAAUGGACGAUCCUGAUAAAUACUUCCAGUGUGAGGAGUUGGCUCUCACUGCCCUUGAGGACACCAGCCCUGAGGUCUUUAGCGCAGCAUCGAUGAUUCUGCUUCCCAUCCUGGCACAGUGGGCCCUCUCUCUGAAACGUCUGCAGUCUCACCUGCUUCCCAGGAUUCUGGGAAAGUUGAAGAAUCAACUGAGACCCAACCACUCCCCUGGGAAGGAUCAUAGAGAGAGAGAAAGGGCCUGCGCCUCUCUCACAGUCCUCACAAUUUUGUUACCUCAUACUAUCGUCUCUGUGGUUAAUUCUCCGGUUGUCAAGUCUAGUAUUCAAGACGAUGUCUCUUCGGAAAUCCCUCGGGAGAUAAUUUCUCUCUGUAAAUCUAGUAUUACCAACCCCAACGUAUUCUGUGAGGACACUGAGGAUAUCGGAAUUUUAUUGAAUACGUUUUUGUCACACAUCUGGGCGGAGGACACUUGGCCAGAGCUCGAGUGGUUCACGAAUAAACUUAUUCCAGAUAUCCUCGAGAUGGCGAAGGGACUGGACGUCACUCAGGAGACUGUUUUAAACUGUUUAAUGGGGUAUGUGCAGGCCCUGUGCGAGGGAUUCGGUCUUUAUGUCACUCAGUACAGAAUUAAAAAGGCUUUUGAAGGAGAGGUGAGGAGACUGGAGGAGGGGUUGACGUCGUUAUCUGGGAAGGACCCGGGUAUGAAUCUCUGCGUUAUACCUAUUUAUCUGACGAUAAUAUCGACACUAGACCCUACAGAGCUGUCCAAAAACAUCAAGAAUUUUGUGGUCAUAUGUGCGAUGUCUGGAGUUGAUGUUUCUAGUUUGAUUGUUGGGAUCAAGAGGCUCUGCAAGCAGUCUAGGGUCGUAGAGAGUGUUCUCACUGCACUGUGGGAUGGAGUGGUUCAUCAAAGGGCCAGUGUCAGGACGGUUACAGCCAGGCUGUUUGCUGAAAUUAUUGGGAGUGUUGGGGAAAGGCUCGUAUCUGCGAGGAUAGCUCCAGCUAUUGUCACUCUAGCCUCUGAUUCAGAUCUGAUUGUGAAGGCUGGGGCGAUCAGUGCCUUGGGAAGGCUGAUCAUGGAGAGUAGCUCCAGGGAGGCAAAGGAUAAGGGAAGAUUGACGUUGGAAACCAUUGCUAGGGAACCUCAGGGUGUCCCACCUACAUUAGCCGUUCCCCUUGUGACAACUCUGGCGCAUAUUGCACCCAAUUGCCCGCAGUACUACGUCGAGGAUGUAAUCACGACACAACUGACGGGGAUCACUGCUUCUGCAUUGCAGCAGAACCGAAGGGUUGAUCUGGCAUCAGCUCUUGUCGAUGCUUAUUCGAUCAUCGUUUAUUGUUCGUUGAGUGAUAAGUGUGUCAGUGGAGUACUGUUGCCCGGGCUAAGGUAUCUGGAGACCAUGGUGGGGAAUGUACUACCACAGCAGAGGGAAACUGUUAGGUCGCUCAUCAGGGAGGCUGAGUCCAGGCAGGAUCUACCGAAGCCUAUUGAGAGAUCUAUUUCUGCUAGUUCCGGGCUCUCUCUCUCCCUAGCCAGUGCUAAUGUCGGCCAAGGGGUCGAGGACAUGCGUCAGAUAAUGUCAAAGAUAUUCACGCAAAAGCCAAAUUCCCCCAGUAUGCCUAGUAUAUUCCGGAAGAAGUAAAUUAUGAUGAGGGGUUCAACAGAGUGAAGAGAAUUGAAUUUUCAUACGGUGCCUUUACAUCCAGUAAUAGCAUUUUUCUUUGCGUGACGAGUUUGAAUGCUGGGAUAAUUAACGCGUUCUCCAUCUCGUGGGGAACAACAUUCACAUCUCUCUAGUUUACUCAAUGGAAAGUAUUCAGAUUGGGGAGAGGACUCAGCACCUACUAUUCCUCAAUUACUGCUAAUGUAUUAUUCAUAACAACGUAUUCAUUUUUUUUAAUUACCAACAGUUGUAUUCGAAUAAUUUAUUUUCCAAGGGAGAAUGCACAAAUGUUAUGUUCAAUUUAUCGAUAGGGAAAUAGACAUUACAUAGUCAUUAACACGCAAAGAAAAAUGCUAAAUGUGUCAGAUAAUUACGAAUGAACUAGUUGAAUUUAUCAUCUUGGCGAUAAAAUUGUACUUACAGUAUUUUAACUUUGCUGAAUCUAAUAUAGAGAGAGAUAUUUUUGAAUAAUUCAUAGGAUUGUAAAAAAAAAUUGUCGUUCCGAGAGUCUUCAUCUUGUAAGAAUAUUUUAUUUUAUCUAUAUUUACAGUUGAAUAAAUAUAUACAUACAGUAUGCGUUAUGCAAGAUAAAUUUAUAUGUGUUUUUUUACAUUAAAUUAUGUUAUAUUAAUUUCCAUCGAAUCAAUUAUACAAUCGUUUUCUGAGUGUUAACAAUUGCCUUGUCUUUCUAAUCUCUUUGUUACAUACAUUUUUAUUAAGUAUUAUAGAUAGUUGAACGUAUUUAUACUGAGCGAUUUCAAUAAAUUUUGUUUUCAAUCGAA